CCUUCUCGCUGCGUUCAUCCUAUCUGCUGCUGCUGCUGCAUUCGUCAUUGGGUAGAGCGCUCAUUCGAACCUUGUCAGCACUCACAGUCCCCUUCACCACGCAUCUUGGCAUCGACACUUCUACAAACGAGUCGCCCGUCAAACAGAAAUUGCUGCUCUUUCUUCUCACUCACACACGAUCCAUUACCACCGACAAGUCCUCCAUCUAGCGAACCAGCGCGCCUCAUCUCCUGCUUCAUCUCGACCAGCCCUUCAGCUCACCCAACACCGAUCGAUAGCGCAGCCUAGCUGCGAGCUCAGCAGGCCGUGGUGUGCGAAGACAGUCACGGUGAUCGCACGUCCUCCUAGGCGCUGGGUGCAACCACCCGGGCUCGGGCCGCAUUUCCCUAUUGUGUAAUCACCUACUCGUGAUACAGCUAGCCUGCCAUGACGUCCACAACCAAGCUCACCAUUCGCCCUCUGCCUCAUCUCGACUUCAUAGCCGGGUUUCCCGGUAUUCCAGGCGACGCAUCAAGGACCUCUGCUCACAUCACCGGAAACAUCGAAGUACGCCUGGGAUCGAGAGGCGCGAAAGCGAGCUUUUUGAGGAUCGAGUUGAGAAAGCUGGAGAGCGUUGCUGGUGGCGAGACGUGGGGAGAGCUUGUUGGAAGAGGUCCCACAGUCGUGUGGAGUGCGCGGCCUGGCCCUGGUGCUGGCGAUAGGGAGGAAGAUGCUGAAGGGAGCUGGGAGACGUUGCAGACGGCAGACUUUCCGUUCCGAAUACCCAUCCCGGAAGGGCUUCCACCUACUGCCAAGCUAGACAAGCAGUGUGGCAUCUCUUACGAGCUCGUCACCAGUCUCUGCGUCAAAGGCAAGAAGGGCCUCUUGAGAAGCAGUCCGACGAGCUCAAUCGUCCAGAGCACGCACCCAAUCGCUCUGGAGAAGCACGAGCUGCACUCAACGUGGCCCAUCUACCACAUCUCUGACGAGCACUCGGAUGAGAAUGAUGGAGUGAAAGCUCGAGUAGAGCGGACGCAGACCUGCUAUGGUCCCGGUGACACGGUCACGAUCAAGGUCUUUGUAUACUCUACGAAGGUGGCUCCCGUCAAGCUGAAAAGCGUGGCCUUCAGCGUGCGUGAGACCAUCACCUUCCGAGGCGGCGGCAACAAGACGAAUCGACUGAGCAGCUUUGGCGGUGGAGGUGCGGCCGCUUCGCAACGGACAGAGACGCUCGCUCAAAAGUCAAAGACGUACGGAAAGAAGAUGUACAAGGACGAAGAGCAAGAGUUCAUCCUCACCUGCCAGAUUCCCAAGAGUCACAGUCUGAUGACGAUCCAGACCGCCAAACAUAUCGAGGUCAGCUACACCAUGCGCAUCUACGUCGACGUCAGCAAGGCUCCAAUCAUCAUCGAUCAUCUGCCUCUCACGAUCACCACGUUUCCUAGCGCGCAGAGCAAAGACGUAUGCAAUCGAAUAGGCUUUGUGCAAGGCUUGAGUAGAAACAACUACACCGACGACGCUUACUCUACCGUCGUCAGCGAUCGCCAAUCCGCAGUUGGUCACACCGGCCAUUCUUUGAGCUCACGACCACCUGCAGUUCAGCGAUCGCAGUCGUACGGCAGCAGCGGCGCGGGGACUGAUGGUGGUGGUGGAGGGGGAGGCAUUGGUCGAUACGGCGUCGGCUCGGAUCUGCGCCGGAGGGACACUGUCAUGACACAAGGGACAGCAAUUUCCGGACCCGGCAUGGCAGGACGCGGUGUACCGGGCCAGCUCUUCAGCUGGGGAGACAUGGGAGCAGCACAGGCCUAUAGUCAUGACGGGCCUGGUCCCAUCCGCCCGAAGUUCGCGGGCCCACCCAGCAUCUACGAACGGCCUGAGCUCAAUGCGGAGGAAAGUCGAGCGAUGUUCCAUUCUGCCAACAUGUCGGAGAACGCAGCUCGUUUAGGCGUCAGCUCUGAAGCUUUAUCUGGCCCUGGAGUCUAUGCGGCUGGAUCAGGCAACCAGAGUCGCUUCAAUCUGCAACGCUCACCUUUCGAGGCCAUCUCUGAAAGCACCACUCCCAAUCCGCACGCGUCUCCCACCGGCUCGCCAGCCCCCGGAGCCGCGGGUGCUGCACUUGCCGCGCAACAAGCUCAGCUCUUGCGAUACGCUAGUGCCAACGCCUCUAGGCAGUCCGUCAUCCGCAGACCUCAAUCAGCCGGUGCGAGCGCAGUCAGCGAGGCUCCUUCCGACACUGCCGAGCAAGAGAAGAUGCGGCUGUAUCAACGGGCUAGGGAACAAGCGGAGCGCAAUCAGCGCAGAGCUGACGAAAAGAGGAAGAAACAAGCAGCUGCACUCAGUCAGAAUUCCAACAACAACGUACCCGACGCUGCUUCCUCAGCUACUGUCGUGACCUCGUCGCAGAGCGCAGGGGCCAUCGCAGCGUUGUCGGCAGCCAACCUGGCGGCAGCUCAGACGUCGAGAAAUGUGUCCGCGCCCGUGCCUGGAAGUACAGCAUACAACAAUGCAGCGAACGAGAAGGCUAGGCUGUACGAACGUGCAAGAAAGGAGGCAGAGAGGUAUCAGAGUGGUUUUGAGCAGGGUGCUACCUUUCCAAAAGAAGCUUUGGAGGGCUACAAAAACGGCUUCGCGCAGGGCUCGUCAGCCUCGCUCUCGCACGCAGCACCGACGACGAGCGGGACCAAUACACCCUCACGCCUUCAGCCCGGAUCGAUGGCCAACGACGACGAGGAUCGUCGCAGGAGUAGCGCUGCGUACUGGAUGGGUGAAAACGCUGCCACUUCAGCCGCGACCGCUUCGAGGGCAAACAUUUCGGCUUCGGCCGAGAGAGCUCGGGCCGUAUCCGCAGCUACCCCAAGACCACCCGGGUCGUGGUUGACAGCUGAGGAGGAAAAGGGAAGACUCUACGAGACUGCAAAAGCUCAACAAGCCGCAGCGGAGGCAGAAGCCAGGAUGGCGUCUCAUUCUCCGCCUGCCCUUGGCGCUACUAGUCAAGAUACACCGGGCGCAGCCAGCUCCGUCAGCAAUUCGGGGCCUAAAGCGCCCAUGCCAGCUUACUUGAGCGCCGAAGAAGAGAAGCGAAGAUUGUACGAACGGGCAAAAGCUGAGCAAGCGGCCGCUGAAGCCGAUGCCCAAGCUAGGAGCGAGAUUUUAGCCCAAGGAGGUGCUUCAAGCGCCCGAAGUGGCCCUUCUGCGCCUCCAGAUCAUCCGUCAAGUGCUCCUGCGCCUGUCGCAGCCCCGCGCAACGAGAAAGCCCAGCUCAGGCUGUACUACGAGGCGCAAGAUGCAGUUGCCAGAGGCCAACAUGCCACAGCACCUGGCCCUGCUCGAUCGAAUGGUGUACCUGGCACCCAGUCAGCACCAACGCACGUUCCCAAUCCGCACUUCAGCUUGUCUCAUCCGGGCGAUGGAGACAGACCACAGCCCUAUCAGCCUUACGAGACUGCACCAGUGCCUACCUAUCAUCAAGCCACAGCUUCGGAGACGCAUUUGCCGUCUGCAAGCACUCUGAGCACCUCGAGCGCUGCGGGCAACUAUGUCAACAAUCGACAGACCUUGCACGCUAAUGCAUUUCCCCCUUCGGCUGGGGUAUCACCUCUUAGCACCCCCCCUGCGCUUAACAACAAUGCGCAGAGGUCUUCAUACGUCGGGGUUCCAUCAUCUUCUCAGACCACCUCAAACGGAUCCCGCGCACCGCCCCCUUCAGCUCCGAGUCAGCCAUACCCUGGUGCCGGAGCUGUCAGCGAGAAAGAACAAAUGAAGCUGUAUUACGCUGCGAGAGACGCUCAGCUCCAGGCGGAGAAUGAAGCCGCAGCUGCUGGCGCAUCCCUCGGCAACGUGCCCUCGUACUCAUCUCCCCCUGGUCAAGCUGCAUCAAGCGUUGCGGCUACCUCGAGCGCGCAGCCCGGCGAAGCUCAGUACUCGACGUCUUCAGCAGGUCCAGCAUUGACCAGACCGGCUGCUAGCUAUGCCCCUGGAUUCACUAGACCGGGGGAAACCGCAGCUCAACCUGUUUACUCUCCGUCUGGCAGUAGCGCUCAGCAGACUAGGCCUUUCAGCAUGGUCUCGCAAUCGGCUUCGAAUCCAAUAGCGAGCGCUGCGCCCAUGAUCGGCGCAAGCGGCGCAUCAGCUGGAGUCACGUCGGUCCCUCAGACAAGUGGCAGCUCAAGCGGACAGAGACCCAUGUCAAUGGCCAAUUACAAACCGCUGCCUGACGCUGUUCCGAAUGCAGGGUCCGCAAAGGCAGUCGGUACAGCGGAUCUGGCCCCCAGCUUUGCCAACCACGCCCAAGCUGCGCCAGCAGUGCCGCUGGAGUCGGGCACGCACUCGUAUGGAUCCAUUGCUCCUCAGAGGCUUCCAAGCGCUCGAACAAGUUCAGCUCAAAUUGUCUCUAGUCCAGCACAUGACCGCUUGGCAAGCGACGCGACCAGCUUGACCUCCUUUUCGGACUUGCCUCAUCACGACCCUUCCAUAUCUGCCGGCAAGCAACGGAGCCUGAGUCCGCGAAUCGAGCAGCAGCAGCAGCAGCAGCAAUCGGGGCUGCACGCUCAGCUCGCAUCAGGACCUCCUCUGCCGCCGCCUUCGAACGGUCUUGGUGGUCUCUCGCAACUUAGCACGACUCUGCCCAAAAUCGACUUUGGCAAUCUGUCCCCGCUGGAGUUGAGAGCUGGUGUGCCACCUCUACCCUCAUCUGGCGCGCAAGCACCCACGACGGCUGUCUCUAGUCCACCAACAUCGUCCAUCUACUCUCCCAGGUAUGCUCAACAUUGGGACGACGACGAUGAGCCCGAAACUCCUAGAGCUGUCUCUGCUGGUAACACCAGCUCCUCUGCGCCUCCACCUUUGCCGCCGAAGACCCGUAUCGGCUGAGUCUUGCACGUACUCAACGUCGAGAGUCUCGCAGCAUCGAACAGAUGUGCCGAGCUUGAGCGAUAGGCGCACCGAUCGUCAUUCGCAACUCAUCCAUUUAAUUAUACCCAUGCCGAAGGCGCAAUCGAAUUUGGUGCUGUCGCUUAUAACGAAUUGUGGCGCUUGACUGUUCUAUGAAUCCA